AUGCUGCGCUCCUUGGCCGAGAACAGCUUCAGUGUCAUGAGCUACAACGUGGCGGGCCUUCCAGCGGUUCUGUCGAGUGGAAACCCGUCCGCGAACAGCGUCGAGAUCGGGAAGCGCAUUAGCAACUGGGACGUCGUGAAUGUGCAGGAGGAUUUCAACUACCACGCCUACGUCUACUCGGAGAAUUCGCACCUGUACCGGACGGCUACCAGCGGCGGCGUUCCGUUCGGCGACGGUCUCAACUCGCUAUCGAACUUCUCGUUCAGCAACAUCACGGACCUGACGCGCACCAAGUGGGAGGUCUGCAGCACAUUCGACGGCGCCGACUGCCUUACGCCCAAGGGCUUCACGUUCUUGGAGAUCCAGUUGGCUGACGGCGUCACCUUCGACCUGUACAACCUGCACACGGACGCCGGGGUUACGGCCGCAGAUGAAGUAGCCCGAGCGGCGAACCUGGCUCAGCUCAGUGAGUAUAUCAUAGCCAACUCUGCUGGCAACGCGGUUAUCGUCAUGGGGGACACCAACACGCGCUACACUCGUUCGGAUGACACCAUCCGUGAGUUUGCUGAAGGCUUGGGGCUAACGGACGGGUGGGUCGAGUACGUCCGCGACGGCGUGUACCCAACCAAAGGGGCCGACGCUAUCGUGUGCGACUCGAGCAACAUGACCGACACGUGCGAGGUCGUGGACAAGAUCCUGUUCCGCGGCAACAACUACAUCACUCUAUCACUGGAGAACUGGAAGAACGAGAACGCCGCGUUCCUAGAUGACGACGGAAACAUGCUAUCGGACCAUCCGCCCAUUUCGUCGACCUUCUCGUGGACACUUAACGAUGCUAUUCGUCUGAGCAAUGCUGUCGGGGGACCACACGGAGACCAAUUCACGGACGUUGGGUCGGCUGCUGGCGGCCAAACUGUGAACUCGAUCACGCUACGAUCGGGAUCGCGCGUGGACGCAGUGAGUCUCACAAUAUCGGCACCAACUGCGACAACUUUCUCCCACGGAGGCACUGGCGGCACGGCAAAGACACUGACUUUAUCGUCUGGCGAGUACAUCACGUCGAUCGAAGCUCACUGGGGCAAGUACAACAGCCACACGCGAAUUUUCUACCUCAAAUUCACGACGAGUCUGGGGAACACACUUUCAGGAGGGGCCACGACCGAGGAUAAAGCGACAUUGUACGCCUCCGACGGCUACCAACUCAGUGGCUUCCACGGCCGUGACGGUGAUGCAAUUGACGCUUUGGGAGCGGUUUGGACCAAGAUUUCCUCCUAACCUACGAAAAAUACGAGUCGUAGUGCUGCAUGCAAUGCAAUUCGUAGCGACAUGAUGCGUCAGAUUGGUACACUGUACAUGUAAAGCAAUUCUUGAAUACUGU